CGCCCCAUCCCGGCUCGGCGGCGCGGCGAGCGGAGGGGAGCGCAGGGCACCGGAGAGGAGCGGCGGCGCUGCCGGGGGAGCGGCGAUGGCCGAUUACUGGAAAUCUCAGCCUAAAAAAUUCUGCGAUUACUGCAAGUGCUGGAUAGCAGACAACAGACCUAGCAUUGAGUUUCAUGAAAGAGGAAAGAAUCACAAAGAAAAUGUGGCAAAAAGAAUUAGUGAGAUUAGAAAGAAAAGCUUGGAAAAGGCAAAAGAAGAAGAAAACAUGUCGAAAGAAUUUGCAGCAAUGGAAGAGGCUGCAAUGAAAGCAUAUCAAGAAGAUAUGAAAAGGCUUGGAAUUAAGCCAGAUGACGUAGGUUCCAGUUCGACACAGACUAAAAUACAGAGUAACACAGUGGAAACAAAAGGAAAGAAAGAAAAGAAAGAGAAGAAGGAAAAGAAAGAAAAGAAAAAAAAGACACCGCAGGAUGCCUCAAUGCCACCAAAAAUGGAAACGAAGGAGUGGGUACAAGGAUUAUCUCCCGAAGGCUAUACAUACUACUACAACACAAAAACUGGAGAAUCUCAGUGGGAAAAACCAAAAGGAUUCCAAGGCAACUCUCAAAACUCACAAACGGGAGCAGAGUGGGUAGAAGGUGUCACUGAAGAUGGUCAUACCUAUUACUAUAACACCCAAACUGGAGUAUCUACUUGGGAGAAACCAGAUGGUUUUGUUUCAUCUUCAAAUGAAAAGGGUCAACGUGACAAGCCUGCAGAAACAACAUCUGAAUCAGACUCAGAAGAUAGUGASAAUGAAGCAGACAGUUCAGAAACAAACCUCAAGAGGAAAGGAGAUAAUGGUGAAGACUCAGAGGAAGGGAAAAAAUCUCCUAAAGCUAAAAAGUUAAGUCCUUAUGGGAAAUGGCGAGAAGUUAAGUCAGAAGAAACUAUGGAUAAAGAGGAGAGUACAUCAGCUUCCCAAGAAACCUCUAGUGAUGGAUCCAACAAGACCAACCCUUAUGGAAAAUGGAAAGCACUUAAGGAAGUAGGGGAGGAACAAGAAGCAGAAGAACUAGGUGAAAAUGUGGACCUGGAGCUUCCAAGUACAGAGAAUGACAAUGUAGCACCCCCAGUGCUAGAGGUUCCAGAAGAGGAAACAGUGAUAUUUAAAGAGAAGACAGUCACCUCCCUUGGAGACCUGACAGAAGGGGUGCCAACGUUUAAGAAGAGGAAAUUUGAAAAYGGAAAAUCUAGAAACUUAAGACAAAGACUAAGUGAUCAGUAAUACUUAACAAAUCAUUUUAGAUUCUGUUUAAGCUAGAGUGAAUCAAAAGUUUAAUAUUUUAAACAGGCUUUUAUAAAGAAAAUGUUGGAUAGAAGUUAAGGAUUUAUAGGUAUUAAAACAUAUGUGAGUUUACUAUUUUUUUAUUUUAUUUUGAUGUGAUUGGUUUUGGAAUGGAAGUUUGUGUUAAAUUACUUAUGCAAUAUUGUAAAUAUACGUAUUCUUUAUUUUAACCAUGGCAUCCAAGUUCUAUUUGCUCUUUGUGUGCUGUUUUAAAUACAUUUCAUAAGGUUUUUUACUCCUUUUCUAAGUAUGUGAGAAUGAAUUAAGAAUCUUUAAUCUGACAAAAAUGAAGCAGAGCUUUUAUUUUUGGAGAUAAACUGGAUCAAUAACAUGUUCUAGAAAGUAAAAUCAUCCCCCAWGAUUGUUUAUGUGGUGUAAUUUCUCCACUAAUAUAUUGUGCUGUGCUUACUAACCUUUGUGUGAUUGCUUGCAAAAGAGUAGGUGGUGAGACUGCCAGCAUUUCAACUGAUCAUUUGAAAGCUGUUUUUAGAGGAGUUAGUCACAUCAGUGCUACCUAUUCUAAAUGAUUUCUAAAAAUUAUUUGUGGAAUUGUAUGAUAAAUGUAAACCUUUAAAGAAGUUUUAACUUUGAUGAAUUUUAACUUGUAGUAACAGCACCAGAGCCACCCCAUUUGGAGUAGACAUUUCUGUGAUGUCUUCCUGUUGUAUUUUGCUUUAUUGUCUGCUUGAAUUUUUCCUUCUUUUUACUUACCGAGUUUUCUUUUUUUGAUCUUGCUUUCUUUUUGUCUCUUUCUCUGUAAAAAAAACACUUGCCUGAUAUCUUAAUGAAAAAAUAUUCUAGAAACUUGGCCCUGUUACAGCAUACAGGACCAUUUUUGUGGUGGUUGUGUUUUUUCUAUUGAUAAGAAGUGUGUUGCAUAGUUGCAGUGUUCAAUAAGCUGAGAGGGCCCAAGUGUAUUGAAGUUUCACCAUUCUCAGUAUCAUAGGGGUGGAAGCCAAAAGAUCAGUAGAGCUGAUAGCUGUAGAUUCCAAGAUGACUUGGAUAAUUUCUUAAGGAUUGUAAAUCUGCUUUCUUCACUUGGAGGGAUUGGUCUGCAUUUGGCAUCACCAAGAUUCAUUGUCUGUGUCAGAACCUAGCUGCACUGAUUGCUUCUCUAGCCAUCAGUGAACCAUAAAGAUCCAAAUAAUGGAUCUGUUAAAAACUCUGUCUCUAUUCCUAAAGCUCACAGUGUUUUGUUCAGGAGUGCAGUUAAAACAGUUGUCAAUAGUCCAGCARAAUAGAAUUGGUAAGUGCUGAGCUUGAAUUUCUUUGAGAAAACAGCUGAUCUGUUGGAUCAGUUAAGAAAGGAGCACAAGAUGGAAUCUUAUUUAUUGUGUAAUACAGUGGAAGCCAAAGUCUUUUUUUGCUCUUCUGUGACUUUUGCACUAUGUUUAGAAGAGAAUUAAGUAUUGUUUUUAAUCCCACGUGUUUCCUCGGCUUCCUUGGGGUUGCUGUACUUUCACUGAUGUUUGUUCUGAUAAAUUUGAAAGUUUCCUGUAAUAUCUGGCCUUGGAUUUUAAUUUAGAGGUGCAGGACAUUUGCAGGAUGCUUUCAAAGUCCUAGAUGCAGGAAUGUACAACAUGUACUCCAAGGACAGGGUUUCUUAAUCAGAUUUUUCAGGUCUUGUUCUUACUUGAACAUUACUCCAGCAUCCAGGAGCGUAUUCUAACUUUAAGUCUCCCUGUGCUUGUGGCCAGUUWAUUCUUCCUCCCAAUUUACACAAGCCCUGCCCUUGAGCUAAGCAGCUUUUCUUCAUCUUGAAUCUAUCAUACCUUCUUUCCUUGAAAUCACAAACGGCAUCCUUGUGUGACAGGACCUUCAGUAUUCUACCAGUGCUUCUCUUCAUCCAUUCCAGCCUGAGGCUGCCUGCACUACACUUGCAUAGAUAUGUUUCCCUAGGCUAGUUUACCUUGAUUGAGGCCAUGCAUGAUGUUACCAAUACUUCCAUAGCAUAUUGGAAGUAACUCUUGAUAUGUCCCUAAACUUCAUUUGCCUUUUCCACAACCACAUCACACUGUCUGCCAUGGGUGCCCUUACCAGUGACUUACCACUACAUCCAGUUCUCUCUGCUCCUUUGCCUUUGCCAGCUGCUGAGUUACCAACUGGUCAUGCUUUCCUUUCAAGCACAAUUCUUUCUUUUUCUUAARCUUUUCUUUUGUACUGCUGUGCUCAUCCUCUUCCUGUUACUCUAAGCCUAAGGUAUAUACAUUUCAUGAUGAWUUCUGAAAAGUGGGGUUUUUUUUGUUUAUUAGUACAGUUUUAUCCAGUAGUAUAGGGGUUUUUAUAGGCUCCACUUUUAAUAUCCUCAGAGGAGGAUAGCUUUCCUCUCUUAGUGAGGUUCCCAAAAUAUUGACAUCUUUCCUUUAAAAUGUUUUGUCAUUGUGAAGUGGUGACACGCAGUGAUUUAAGAUACCUGUAACUGAAUCUUUUGAGCAGAUGUUUAAACACAUCUGAAAAUGAGUGUUCAAAACUUGUUUUCUUGUGGAGCUGCUGAUAGUUAUAAUAUGAACCAAAGGUCUUUGUAUUGUGUUAAAUAGACAAACCAGAGCAUUAGGAAAAGAGAUUAAAACUUUUCUCUACUCACAGUAAAGUUAGUUUAUUUACCAGUAAUGUUAAAUACCAUACAUGUGGUUUUAGCUAAUGUGACUUUUAAAGCCUGCAUUUCAUAAAGAAAUACAGCACUUUGCUUUCCUCUAUCUCUGAAAGUCAGAGACCAGUUAAUUCUUUGUUCUUAAGUGUAAAAAAAAAAGGGCCAGUUGAAUCAAUUUCGAUAUAUCCAAAGCCAUUGUUUAAUUUUGCACCAUGCUGUCAUUCAAUUUCUUUACUGUGUACCUAAACCAAAUAUUUUCUGCUCUACACAAAAAUACUGUGUUGUGUGAGAUUUAAGACAGACGCUGCUUUUCCAGGACAUCUGUUUUGUACAGAUCUCUCUCCCUUCUGUCCUAUCUUCCUGCAAAAUCUUUUGCUUUUAGAAUUUGCUAUAGGAAUCUUCUAGGUAUUGCCACAGUUACACUUCUCCUCUGCUAAUCCUUCUUUGGGCUGCACUGGCUUUUGAUGAAGAAGGUUCCUUUUACUAUUUCAGCCAAGUGUUUUCUUUUCUGAUUGAUAUAUUUUCUAUUAUGCAGUGUGUUUUUAUCUGCUUGCCUGCUUUUAUUGCAAGCUCCUUGAGUGAGGACUACACCCUUGGUUUUAAAUGAUGUCAUAGACACUAUUAGCAAUAUGAGGAGAGCCAGAGAGCGAGGGCGGGGGAGUCAUUGCAAUUUCUGAUGAUUUCUUCUGCACAGUGUCGAGCCAGUCAAUUCACUGCUCUAUAUUUUUCUUUCCUUGCCUCAUGUUUUCAUCUGCCUCGUCUGUUUAGAAAAGCAGCUGCACAGCAUAAGACUUGUGUGCAUUUGUAGAGCAGGACCUGGCUGAAGCUGGUGAUGUUUUUAGAAGCAAACAUAUUGCAUAUACAGAAAAAAGAAAAAUUAUUUUGUUGGGCCAGGAGCUGUGCAGAGACUGCUAAAUUUUAUCCAUGUUGUAGAAUAAUCCUUGUUCCUAGUUAGGCUAAACCACAUUUUAAUCCUUCACCUAGGGAUUUGUCGAUUGAAAUCCACGCUUUCCUAACAGGGUAAAGUUU